AUGUCUGUAAUUACCCUUCCUCCUGCUUUCCCAGUCAUCGGACUUCCCCUCGUAGCUGCCUUUGCUCUCAAUGCGUACCAAUCGACCAAUGUUAUGAAAGCCCGUAAAGCUGCCGGUGUAAAGUAUCCUACUUUAUACGUGACAGAAGCAGAGGCCAAUGCUGAUCCUAAGAAGAUGGCAUUCAACUGUGCUCAGAGAGCUCACGGAAAUACUCUUGAGAAUAUUCCAUACAUCUUAGGUGUAUUCGCUUUCUUGAGUCUUUAUCACCCUAAAAUCGCUUCUGGUUUGUUUGCUCAUUGGAUUAUAGGUAGAUUCAGCUAUACUGCUGGAUACUCAACUGGUAACCCGUCUGGUCGAAUGAGCUUCAUUUACAAAACAUCUUAUAUCGGUCUCAUAGGUCUCUUCUUCGGUUCUGCUUAUGUCGCCAUCACAGAAUCCAUCAAGGUCUUCACUUAA